AUGCAAUCACCAUUAGCUGUUUGGCUCCCAUUCUGUAUUCUUUUGAAGCAGCCCUGCCUUGCAAAUCAAUAUCUUUCUGAAGAGACGUGUUGUGAAUUGCCUGGACAGCAUAUGCACUGUUACUUUGGCUGCAAUGCUGCUGCAGAGCCUGGUUACUCUGCCUUCCUGGGAACUCCACAGAUAUGUGUCACAAAGAUGUCUACACGGAACUGCCAGGGAAUGGAUUCAGUGAUCAAACCCCUGGACACAAUUCCUGAGGAUAAAAAAGUCAGGGUUCAGAGGACGCAGAGCACCUUUGACCCAUUUGAGAAACCCGCUAAUCAAGUAAAGAGGGUGCAUUCAGAGAACAAUGCUUGCAUUAACUUUAAGUCCUCCUCCACUGGCAAAGAGUCUCCGAAAGUUAGGCGGCACUCCAGCCCUAGCUCGCCGACAAGUCCCAAAUUUGGAAAAGCUGACUCAUACGAAAAAUUGGAAAAACUAGGGGAAGGAUCUUAUGCUACAGUAUACAAAGGGAAGAGCAAAGUAAAUGGGAAGUUGGUAGCCCUGAAGGUGAUCAGGCUGCAGGAAGAAGAAGGUACACCUUUCACAGCGAUCAGGGAAGCUUCUCUCUUAAAAGGACUAAAACAUGCUAACAUAGUGCUGCUUCACGACAUCAUCCACACCAAGGAGACGCUGACACUUGUGUUUGAAUAUGUGCACACUGAUUUAUGUCAGUACAUGGACAAGCACCCUGGGGGGCUGCAUCCAGAUAAUGUGAAGUUGUUUUUAUUUCAGUUGCUGCGAGGGCUGUCUUACAUCCACCAGCGUUAUAUUUUGCACAGAGACCUGAAACCACAGAACCUUCUGAUCAGUGACACGGGGGAGUUAAAGCUGGCAGAUUUCGGUCUUGCAAGAGCAAAAUCUGUCCCUAGCCACACAUACUCCAAUGAAGUGGUUACCUUGUGGUACAGACCUCCAGAUGUCCUCCUGGGCUCGACAGAAUAUUCCACCUGCCUUGACAUGUGGGGAGUCGGCUGCAUCUUUGUUGAAAUGAUCCAAGGGGUUGCUGCUUUUCCAGGAAUGAAAGACAUUCAGGAUCAACUGGAGCGAAUAUUUCUGGUUCUUGGAACGCCAAAUGAGGACACGUGGCCUGGAGUUCAUUCUUUACCACAUUUUAAGCCAGAACGCUUUACCCUGUACAGCUCUAAAAACCUUAGGCAAGCAUGGAAUAAGCUCAGCUAUGUGAAUUAUGCAGAGGAUCUGGCCUCCAAGCUCCUACAGUGUUCCCCAAAGAACAGACUAUCAGCACAGGCUGCCUUGAGCCAUGAGUAUUUUAGUGACCUGCCCCCACGGCUAUGGGAACUGACCGAUAUGUCUUCUAUUUUUACCGUCCCAAAUGUAAGAUUGCAGCCAGAAGCUGGAGAAAGCAUGCGGGCCUUUGGGAAAAACAAUAGUUAUGGCAAAAGUCUAUCAAAUAGCAAGCACUGAUGAGCACAGCAUUGCAUUCUCAAGAAAGCACAGGAUUAAGUUGUCAUCAUUCUGGGAAGAAAAAAAAACAUUAAUGAAGUGGCCAAUAAUACGAAGGGAAUGACGGAUCAGUUUCCUUCCCCUCCCUGUGGUGGAUUUCACUUACAAGAAAACUGAAGCUGGCAAGACCCUGUUUUCUCUGCAAUUUAUUUAAAACCUUGCACGCAUUUGGAUACCUUGUGAUUUCCAAGAACUAUGUGAAGAUUAAGCUUUGCUUACUGAUACAUGGCAUGUAUUCUUUUCAGUCUUUUGUGUUUGAUUUUGUUUGAUUUCCCUCUGCAGUGCAACGUCUCUGU